UUUAUCCAUCUCACGUUGAGAGCUGCUCAACAAACCGUUGACAACCUAAAAUCCCGCGGUUAGGGUUUCGACAUCAAAAUUCACUUUUUUCCCAAAUUCUCAGUCCGAGCUUCAACUUUACAGCGAAAGUUCUAGGGUUUUCACGGAGUCUCGCAUUCUUGCACAUUUUUGUCUACAGUCUCUACAAUAUCCGCGUUGAUUCAUAGUUUCAUACACGCCAAUCGAUUUUAUUGAAUCCGACGGUCCGUGAACUCUGAUUCUGAAAAUUCGAUCUCAGAAUACAGAAAAUUAGGGUUCUUUCGACGCAGUUAGCGCUCGGUUGUGGAGAACGAUGAGAGUUAUCGAAGCUGUUGCAGAGGUUCCGUUCUCUUCUUCUUCGGUCUCGAAUUCGACCAUAGAUGGAGGGGUUGACGGUCCGAGUUUGUACGGUUGGAUGUUCGAGUGUCAUGGGUUUGGGCAUAAUCUUGUUUUGAUGGUGUGUUCUGCUUUGUUCGUGUUUUACCUGGCGUUUCAGGGGAAGAAGAGCUUCGCGAAGCUGUCGUAUGGCCGAUCUUAUAUCAUGAUAGCGUAUUACGGGAUUCUUUGGAUCGUUAGCAUUCUCAAUUUUGCUUGGUGCUCACUUCAGGCAUGGGAGUGCACUCCUGCGGAAGAAUUAGCAUGGAAUAUCUUGUCUUUGUUUACAACAUCUGGAAUGCUGUUUCUUGAAGUAAGCUUGAUGGCAUUUUUACUCCAAGGAAAUUAUGCAAGUGGACUGGAAGCUUUAACACGGACAUUUGUUGUCUCAGGAAUUAUUGUUGGUGUAGAUAUACUUCUCAAGGCAAUCUACAUAUUUGGAUUUGCGAUUCCUUUGUUCAUUUAUAAUUCUGAAGACACCCACAAGUUGAAAUGGGGCCUAUGGGUUGUUCACAAGCUAUUGCUUACUGCUAUCUAUGGCUUCAUUUUAUUCAUCUAUCACUCUAGAUGGAGAGAGAGGCUACCAGCAAGACCUGCAUUCUACAACUACAUCACCAUCAUGUUUUGCAUGAAUGCAUUGGCUCUAUUUGCUUGUGGGCUUACUGGACAUGGGGCCGGAUUUGGGUUCUGGUUGUAUGAUGUCACGGUUAUUUGCUACCAUGCCUUUUAUCUACCUCUUCUCUAUGUUACGUUUCUAGCGGACUUUUUCCAGGAGGAAGAUUUGCAUCUGGAGAAUGUGUACUACUCUGAGAUGAAAGAUGCUGGCUUUUUCGAUGCUGAUUGGGAAUGAUAUGAUAACGUUGUCUGAACCACGAAAUGCUAGUUGGGUAUUACACUGUAAAUAAAUAAAAGUAAAUAUGACCCCAUUUGAUCUGGUGCCUUAAACUGAAUGCCCCGGCUGGAAGGGAGGUUUCAUGAAUAUUUUGUACGCGGUUUCUUUUAUCUUUUUUCUCUAGAGGUUCAGAUGCUGCUAAAGUAACUAUGAAACCAGAGUGAAGUGUACAAUAGAGUUGUGAUUGCUUUGUAUGGAAGUGUGUGAGUAAUUUUCAAUAUAAGAUCAGAAGUUAUUGAUGUGUCCCA